AUGUUGCCAACAUUUAAAAUCAUCACCCUGGCCCUAAUUUUGGCAAUCUUGGCAUUGUCUGUUGUUUUUGCUUCCAUACCUAUUCCAUUCUAUUCUGCCAUUCUUCAACCUUCAAAUAUUCAUCAACGAAUAUAUAAUACUCUACCACAAAACCCUUCUAUCAGUGGUGGUAGAUCCAAUUCAUGUUUAUAUGACGGAAUUUUCUUGAUGUUUGCUGUUGUGGAUCAUUCCACUGGCAAAUCCUUUCAAAAAGUUGAACAUUUCAAUUAUGAACAAUUACAAGUCAUUCAUGAUGGCACGUAUUUCCACAUUAAGGUGAUGAACCCAUCUCAACAAAACGAAACACUCUAUGAAUUAAAACCUUUAAAAGAUGGCCAAUAUCAAAUUUAUGGAAAUAUGAGAGCCAAUUCACCAAAUUUAUUCUUUUCAGACAAGGUGGAUAAUUCUCUUCAAGCGCAUUACAAUUUUACUAUUGAUCGAAUUUAUGGAUAUUAUGGUCAAAGAGAUUUUGAGAUGCCAGAUGAGCGAUUUAGAGGAAUUAUUAUGUGGAAUACUUAUUCGCAUAAUAGUCAAGUGAAGGGUGUAUUAAAUUAUGGAUCAAAGGAUGUUACCAACACUAUUGUUCAAGCCAAUCACGAGAAGAGAUUUCGAUUUUAUUGUGAUAUGAAUUUUGGAGAAUACUUGCCAACAGCUCCUGAUAAUGAUAUUGGAGAUAAAAAGUAUGCUUGGGGAUGGUAUUAUGUGAAUAUUCCAAGUGAAAAUUAUGAAAAUGAGCUUUCCAUCAUUGCAGGUACUGGAAGAACGUUUGCAGGGUUUCCCUUAUUCACCAUGGAUGCCAGAUUUGCAGAUAUUCGUUUAAAUAGCACACACCACAUUGAAUUAACUGAACUAAUCAUGUAUGAUGAAACAUUCUAUUACACCAAUGAUGGAAAAGUUCAUGCAUUUUCAGUGGAUCGAAGUGAUUGGACAAGCUUGAGCGACAAUUUUGGUACUGCUGACAUUCCAUUAACUCAACUUUGCACCAUGGAAACAGAUAAUUAUUUGAUUUUGAGGCAUUGGGUGUUUCCACACAACUCAAAGUGGUUUACAAGCCCACCAAUCAAGUUCUUGUCGACACAAUUAUUUCAUCCACCACUGGUUUGGAGUUUGGAUAUGGUGUGA